GGCUGUCAGCCGCGGCUUGGAGAGCGGGGAGCAGGGAGCAGGCCUGAGUCCGGCGUCAUGGUGGCCAAGAGAAGGCUGUCCAAGUCAGCCGACGACGAUGAUGAUGAUGUGGUUGAUGCUAAAGACCAAUCAAGGGCAAAGAAGAGCAAAACUGGAGGUCGAAAACAAAUAAUGUCUGCAGAGGAGGGAGAGGUGGAUGACGAUACAGUAUUUGUACAGUUGCUGAAAAUGGCAGGAGUUAUUCUGAAAUAUGGAAACCAACCAAAUAAACUAACUUUAGACCAAGCAGUUUUUCAAAAGAAACUUUAUCAAGCUUUGAGGAAGCACUCGCGCUAUCCCAAUGUUGUGCAGGAGUUUAUAAGUGGCAUGGAAUCGUACAUCGAGAAUAGGGAUAAGUUCAGAAACUGCCUUUUACCUUGUGGGCAAGCUCAAGAGGGAGAAUCCAGUAACACGGUAAACUAUCAGGAAAGUCUCAUAAAGCUGCUUCUUGGGAUUGAGGUUCUUCAGCCUCCUGUUAUGAAUAUGUUAUUUGAAAAAAUUCCUGAAUUUAUGUACGAUGGUGUACCAGAAGAUGGGAUUAAUAUGCCAAGGCUGAUCAUCAAUCAGUUUAAAUGGUUGGACAGGAUUAUAGACAGUAAGGAUUUGACCAGUAAGAUCAUGCAACUGGUUAGUGUUGCACCCCUUGAAAUCCAACGUGACAUCAUCACCAGCUUACCAGAAAUCCUUGAAGAUGCUCAACACAGUGAAGUUGCCAAGGAACUCAAUUCCUUGCUGCAACAGAACACUCAUUUGACCGUGCCCAUCUUGGACGCUCUGUCUAGUCUUAACCUAUGUGCUGAGCUAUUGGUAGAGGUGCGUCAUAGUGUUAUGUCAACUCUGUCUGCAGUAAAACUUGAUGACCUUCCUGUGGUUGUCAAGUUUAUUCUUCAUGCAAUCACGGCAGCAGAUGCUAUAGAGGUGAUUAGGGAACUACGCAGGAAUCUAGAAUUGGAGUCAUGUGUGCUUCCUUCUCAACUCCAGAUGGGCCAAGACAAACAAAAUCAGAAUGUUAUGCGGACUUUGGGGAGUCGGGAGAACAGUGGUUAUGACUGUGUUGCAAUUAUGUUUGAUGUUAUCAAAGCUGCUGUACGAUUUCAAAAAGUGACAGCUGAAGCCUGGAUUAAGGCAAUUGAAAGUGUAGAUUCUGCUGCUGAGCACAAGGUAAUAGAUUUGUUAGUUCUCCUGAUCCUCCACACAGCUGGCGCGAGCAAUAGCAAGAAACAAGUAGAGAAACUGCUGCGCAGCAAGAUUCGUCUCGGCCAUAUCAGGGAUCAACUUCUGCAGGUUGCAUUCCGGAGUCAUGCUCUGGUUGUCCGUGAAUACUUUCCUUCUGUACUGUCUUUGGCGCAGACUCUGUUGAGAUCCCCAGAUAUAAGUGUGGUGUCGUUUGGAAGUCAGAUGUAUAAACAUGCCUUUAUGAUGUUUGAUCCCUACUGUCAGCAGGAGGUUGUUGGUGCGCUGGUGACACAUGUUUGCAGCGGCUUCACUGCGGAGGUGGAUAUCUCACUCGAUGUGCUUACGGAUUUGGUCUCCCAGAGCUCAUCUACAAUGGCUAUCUAUGCUGUAUUUGUGAAGGGUAUUUUGGAUUACAUGGACAACUUGUCUCCCCAGCAAAUUAGGAAGCUGUUUUUCAUUCUCAGCACAUUGGCUUUCAGUAGAGGACUGGAGGGCAGCCACAUUCAGGACGACAUGCACAUUGUUAUCAGAAAACAGCUGUCCAGUACAAUAUCUAAAUAUAAGCGCAUUGGGAUCAUCGGGGCAGUUAUGAUGGUAGGAUCCAUGGCUUGUGACAGAAGUAAAAUUGAUACAUGUUCAUCAGAUGUACCAGCUGUGAGCAAGGAGUCGUUCAGACAGGCAACAGCCCUGCUGGAACUGGUGCGUACCUGCAGUGAACAUUCUCCAGAGGCUGCUGCUCUCUAUUACGAUGAGAUGGCGAACUUGGUUCAGAAAGGAAACCUGGAUCCACAAGUGCAGGAACUGAUUGGAAGAAGCGUACUUGAUGAUUUUCAAGAGGACUUUGUUGUAGACCUAAUACCAGAAACAGAUAAUAAAUACCUGCUGCCACUGAAGUGCAUGUAUAACCUGGAUGAAGAAGAGAGUGAAGGUGGGAUUGUUAUCAACCUUCUGCCGCUGCUGUCUAAUAGCCUGAUUAACACUGGCUUUGAAGGAAAACCUGGUAAACAGGGGACCAAGAAAUGUGUUUCGCCCGUGAGUCUUCCUUCCUUUUUCCGUUUGCUGAGACUCUGUGAAGAGGUGCAACAUAAUGGAAAUUUGGAGGAGAUUGAUGCCUUGUUAGGUUGUCCACUUUAUCUGACCAACUUGGAGCUCAUGGAGAAGGUGGAGUCACUGUCCAAACAGGAACGGGAGCUGCUCUGUUCACUACUGUUUCUUGCCCUCAAUUGGUUCAGAGAGGUAGUGAAUGGAUUCUGUAAACAGCAGGACACUGAGAUGAAGGGAAAAGUACUCCUCCGGUUACAGAAUAUUACUCAGCUACAGGGACUACUUGAGAAGUGUAUAGCAGCAACUCCUGGAUAUGUCCCUCCACUGGCAAACUUUGAUUCAGAAAUCACCGAGGUUCCUCCAACAAUAGCUCCUGCAGUGACAGCCAAGAAAGGAAAUAAAGAUCUGAAGGGUAAGAAAAAGCAGAAAUCAGAAGGCAGCAAGAACUCCUCCACUGACAGCUCUCAGACUGAGGAGCCUGCAGAAGAAAGUCAGAUGCAAACUGAGAAUACUCAAGGAAAGGAGAGCAAUGAAGAAGGAAAGGUCAUUGUUAAUUUGGCCAAUUACAAAGCUUACUUCAGAGAACUGGAUACAGAUGUAUUUUUUGUCCUACAAUCGGGUCUGGUAACCAAGUCCCAUCUGGAUACUGAGCUAAAUACCAAGGUUACUGAGGUUGUACAACUGGGAUCAGCAGAACUAGUAUUUCUUCUAGAGGACCUAUCUCGUAAACUGGAUUACAUGUUGGUAGCAAAUGCUACAAAGAAAAUUCUGUUCCUGAAGGUUAAAGGAGAUCGAGACAUUGGAUUUUCACAUUUGCGCCAAAUGACUCCUCAGCAACUUGCUCAAUUCACUGUAAAAUUGCUCAAUCCCUUGUGUAAUCAACUGGAAAAUGCUCACAAUUUCUUUCAGGUGUUGAUGGCUGAGAACAAUGGUGUGGUGGAUGUCCUGGGAUCAGAUGUAAAAGAGCACCAACGGAUGGCUGCUUGCUAUCAACUACUACUUCAGAUCUUGAACACUCUCUUUGCUUGGUGUGGGUUUGCCCAGAAUGAAAACCGUAAACUACUGAAGUCAGCCCUUGGUGUUCUGGCAAACAGACUCAAAGCAGGAGACGGUGAAUUGGGAAUGGAAGAGCUCUUCAGGCAGACUUUCCGCUAUCUGCAGAAUUUCCAAAGCACUGUUCCCAGCUGUGCCUCUGCAGUGACUCUUACCCAGCUGCUCAUUGUCGUAUCAUCAAGAUCUUCAGACCACCAGUACAAGGAGAAAAUAGCAUCAAUAGCACGAGGCUUCUUGUGCCAAUCCUGGGUUUUACCUACUGGAGAAAAAGAGAAAGGCAAUAAGUACAAUGAAGCUCUGGAAACGCUUUUAUGUAUUUAUUUGAAACAUACUGAUGACGUGUUGAAAUCUGUGGAGGAAAUUGCUGGUGUGGGUGUUCCUGAACUACUGAACUCAACCAAAGAUGGCCACUCACAGACAUUUCCAACAUUGACCAGGCAAACCUUUCUGGUCUUCUACCGGGUGAUGAUGAGGGAGUUGGAUGCCUCAGCAAAGGAAAUUCCGGCUGGUACACAGUCUGAUUCAUCUGAGGUGCAGGUGGAGAAGCUGUUGCGGUGGAAUCUAGCUGUACGGGACUUCCAUAUCCUAGUAAAUCUUGUAAAGGUGUUUGACAGCAGGCCAGUCCUGGGUGUUUGCCUUAAGCAUGGACGCCUUUUUGUUGAAUCUUUUCUUAAGCAAGGCAUGCCACUCCUUGACUACAGCUUCAAGAAGCACCGGGAUGACGUUCAGAGUUUGCUGAAAACUCUACAGCUGAGCACUCGUCAGCUGCACCAUAUGUGUGGACAUAGCAAGAUCAACCAGGAUACUAAUCUGACCAAUCAUGUCCCACUGUUGAAGAAGCUGUUGGAAUUAUUUGUGUAUCGAGUUAAAGCAAUGUUGACCAUCAACAAGUGCCAGGAGGCAUUCUGGCUGGGAAAUCUCAAAAAUAGGGACCUGCAGGGAGAAGAGAUCUUAACCCAGGAAUCUCAGCAGGAGAGUGGAGGUGAGGAAGAAUCAGAGUUACCUGAAGAUGAUGAGGAAGAGGAGAUGGAGGUGGAAGAGGACGAUGGAUGUGAGUCUGACACAAGGAAGGCUACAAGGGACGAUGAAGACUCUGACAGUGAUUAGGUUGUCACUAAGGGAGAAAAAUAUCAAGAAAGCAGCUGGAAUGUCCAUUGUUCUUCAGGGAAGGAGUCUUGCCAAUUUCAUAACUGGAGUCCUGUGCCACACUGCAUGCUCCCUGAAGCAGUCCAGCAAACCACAUGCAUCAUUUUUCUAGGUCAUUGAGAGAUGGGCAAAUGUCGCAUCAACAGUGUAAUCUGAAGAACACACAAAAUUUCUACCGAGUCACCUUAAAUUAUGUCUGCAACUACAAGCAACAGUCCAGUGAUGUUUGUGGUUUGUUGGGAGCCCCAAUAACACCUUCUGUUAAUGUUUUGACAAGUUGGUCUUCCAAGACAUCCUUGGAAGUCGUGAUUUCUGCCAAGACUACUGGAUGGAGACAAGGAAUGUAGGCUGGGAGCCAUUCCCAUGCAUCAGGAUAAAAUCAGUGGAUAUGUUAUAUUAAACAAUUGCUGGAGCAUUACAGAGUUCUGUAUCAGCUGAUGGUGUGAAUACUAAUGAGGCAGAAAUCUGAAGUGAAUGUUAAAUUGAGAAAGAGAAGUUAAAAGAGAACAGAAUAAAUUGAGUUUAACUUUCUGCUCAUUUUAUAUAAAUAAAAAUCCAUUCAUAAUAAGCUUCUAUUAAAAUUUGUUGACUAUUCAUCAUAAUCCAUUGGUAUUCCUUUCCCUUUUUCUCAAAUGUUCCAUGUUGAUUGGUAUUUAUGCCAUCAAUUUGAAAUUUGCAUUUAAAUUGAAGUACGCUGGUGAUAGGGAACAGAAUACUGGUGCACUGUUCUGAGGUUCAUAGUGUGAAGUGUAUGAAGCAGUCCACCAUUCUCUAUUUUGGUUUCUUGGCUUUGCUAUUAUGGACAGGAUCCAGGCAUUGCCACAAAGAAAGGAACAAUUGAAGGCAAAAUCAUCCCUGAUCCAUGAAAGUCAACUGCUAGCUUUGGUGAGGAGCAGUUGUCCUGGAUAUUCUUUGCUAUGGGUUGUGUAGGAGGGUUUAGAUAAUCUGAUAUAAUCUUUGGAAUUGAUUUGUGUUUUAAAAAAAUCAUCUUUAAUGAACUUUGUUCUUUUAGAUACAUUAAAGCAGGAAUUAAUUAGUAAUCAACCAGAGUUUGAGGCAUGUAAAGAUGCUGAUGAUGUCUCGCCUUACCCAGCUCAUUUGAAUGGUAUUUACUACUGCUCAUUGACUGUUCCCAGCUCAAAAAUCAGAAGUAUUUGCUGCUUUGUCACUUAAAUAGCGCACCUUGAUACUUUAAUGUUUAUUGCUUUGAAAAGUCACCAGGUCUGUCAGAUGUUCAAAAUUUGUAGAUUUUGGAUCUAAACAACUCCUAAAAUUCUUUUGUUCCCUGACUUGAUAUUUAUCAAUUAAAUAGAUUGAAGUCAAUUCUUUUCAUAGAAGGAGCAGCAAGUCUUAACGGCAUAAUUUACCAGAAGGCCUCUAAGAAUUGAGUACAUUUUAUAUUCUUUCUUUAUUUUUGCUCUUAAUUUGAAUGAAUCAACUUUAAUUAUCAGAUUUUUUAACAUCAAUUUUCACUUACCUGUAUUAGCUGCAUUUUCAAAUUCAAAUAAAUGUAAUUUCAAUAAGUUAUAUUUUCUUUGCAAAUUGCAUAGUCUGCAAUGCCAUGGCAGACUAAAGAUGAGCUUCAAUGGCAUGUCUUGGGUGCAGCUUCAUUGUGCCAUCUCAUUAUCAGACACUGUGACUAGUUAAGGUCAACUGUACAACAUUUAUUUAAUUUGAAUUGGAGAUAAGCUAUCACAUCAGGCAGAUCUAUUACAAGGGUGAUACUUACAAAGGGAGUUGAAAUACUUUUUGUUAAAUGAUGGAUUUUAUUGAAAUAUAUUGGAGCUAUAUUGCAGAUCAACAGGAUGUUGAUCUUGGGGUAGAUUUUGAUUGUGUAUUUAGAUGGGAAAUAGCUGUCAAAUUCUGCCAUAAUGCCCUCUUUCAUCAUAUUAUGCAGAUGUAAAUAAAGAAUUACUCCUAGAAUCCCUUCUUUGCCACUCAACAAGGUUUGUUUCUUAUUAUAUGAACUUUAUAAUUAUAAACUGUUUUGUUAACAAGUUAUGCUACUGUAUAAAAAUUAAAAUACAGAAUGUUGA